AUAUUAAUUGUGUUCAGUAAGUAACACUCAUCCAUUUCAUCAAAGUAUACGCACAGCGUAUAACUUUAUUUUAUAUUCACCUUAGAGCUAGUAAUCCUUUGUACACUUUAGUCCGCCUAACCCCGCCCGCCUCUCUUGCUCACCAUCACGGCGGACUUUCUGCGCCAUGGCGUACUACACUCUGUUUCAUUCAUUUGAGAUUGAUUCUACAAAUCCAUUUAAGUUCUAAUGUCCUUGGUCGCCAGCAUCUUUGGCUAAGUGCUAGCGAAGUUGCUAAGUGUAGUACCAGGGGAAAUACAACACUAACAUCAGCAGACUGGGAGAAAAAAAAGAACACCUAACAUUCUCUCGAGUGUCCGCGUCGGGCCAUCGGCAUGGCUCUGCAAGGCCCGGAGGAGUUGGGGGAGCCGGUGGAAGAGCCGGAGGAUCUGGACGACCAUGACGCUAGUAGUAUCUCCCCAGCCGAGGAGAUAACGCUGCCAGCCGGGCCCGGAGGCGACGAUGAACCCGUGGGGACUCUACUGCUGCCUUGGGACCGCUUCUCGGCCUGGCUGCACUGCAUCUGUGUUGUGGGCUUCGACCUAGAGCUGGGACAGGCGGUGGAGGUUAUUUAUCCACAUCAUUCCAAACUGUCAGAGAAGGAGAAAACGAGCAUUUGUUACCUUUCCUUUCCCGACUCCAACUCAGUUCUUCCAAAACGUCGAACAAAGCCAGGGAGGCCCAGCAGAGCUGACAGGUUUGCACUAGGACGGCUAGUCAGUGUAGCUUUAGAGGCAGUUGAAGACUUGCGAAGGAAGAAGCAUGAAGGAACUUUGGAAGGAAGGAGCUUUGCAGGUUGCCUCGGUGACACCCAGUUCUGCUUCCGCUUUCGUCAAGGUUCCAACAGAAAGUCGUCUCUUGGCUGUUUCCUGGAAUCCAGCGACAGGGACGCACCGCCCUGCCUCAAGAGGGAGCAGGGCCAUUAUUACGGCUAUGUGUAUUUCCGUCAGGUGCGAGACAAGUCCCUGAAGAGAGGAUACUUUCAGAAGUCUCUGGUCCUGAUCAGUAAGCUGCCCUAUGUGACCUUCUUCCACUCCCUGUUGAAGAUCAUGGCUCCAGAAUACUUUGAGAAGCAGGAACCAUGCCUGGAGGCUGCUUGUAACGACAUCGACCGCUGGCCGACGCCCCACCCUGGAAGAAUCCUCACGUUGCCCAUUAUGGGCGUGGUCAUCAAGGUGCGCAUCCCAACGUGUUAUGACAAACCCGGAACGACACAGCUGGUCCAGUCUGCUCAGAGUGACAGUCUGGUGUCCAUUGUGCUGCCCACCAUCCAUGAAGUGGACCUCUUCCGAUGUUUCUUUCCAGUCUUCUUCCACAUCCAGAUGCUGUGGGAGCUAGUGUUGCUCGGGGAAGCGCUGGUUGUAAUGGCACCGUCUCCGGCCGAGUCGUCAGACACGGUGCUGGCACUAGUCAGCUGCAUCUCUCCUCUGCGUUAUAGCAGCGACUUCCGGCCUUACUUUACCAUUCACGACAGCGAGUUUAAGGAGUACACCACCAGGACACAGGCUCCACCCUCAAGCAUCCUGGGAGUGACGAAUCCCUUCUUUGCUAAAACGCUGCAGCACUGGCCUCACAUCAUCCGCAUCGGUGACAUGAAGCAAGCAGGAGAGAUGGCCAAGCAGAUGAAAGUCAAGAAGCUGAAGAACCUGAAAACUCUUGACUCAAAACCGGGUGUGUACACGGCGUACAAGCCAUAUCUCAACAAAGAUGAAGAAAUUAUCAAGCAGCUCCAGAAGGGUGUUCACCAGAAGAGACCUUCAGCAGCACAGAAUGCAAUCCUGCGACGGUACUUUCUAGAACUGACACAGAGCUUCAUCAUUCCCUUGGAGCGCUACGUUGCAAGUCUGAUGCCACUCCAGAAGUCUAUCAGCCCAUGGAAAAGUCCUCCUCAGCUGCGACCAUUUGUCCAGCAGGAUUUCAUGAAAACUCUGGAGAAGGCAGGUCCGCAGCUUACGUCCAGACUGAAGGGGGACUGGAUUGGACUCUACAGGCAUUUCCUCAAAUCUCCCAACUUUGAUGGCUGGUUCCGCAACAGGAGGAAGGAGAUGACCCAGAAACUGGAGGCCCUGCACCUGGAGGUGCUUUGCGAGGAGGAUCUGCAGCGGAGAGUCCAGAAGCACUCAGAGGUGGAGACGGUGGAUCUGGUCCUGAAGUUGAAAGACAAACUGAGCCAGGCGGAGAGGGAGCAUCUACCCGUGCAACCAGGGACUGUGGCCAAACUGCGAGCUCACAUGGAGGGCAUCAUCUUGUCCUUACCAGAAGACCUGCAGGGCAUCCUCCAUAAACCCUCCACGCCGUGACCUUUCACCCACACGCCCUUUCACAGGUGCAGCCUCUUUGUUCAGAACAACACGGAAACAGCACAUUUUCGUUUCGACUGCACAGGCUCCUGUGGCAGGUUUUGAUCUGAUGUGGCUGUCAUGUGACCAUGUGAGGGCAAAUGAGGGUGUCCCACAUAGCGGUGCUUGUCACCAGGCAACAAAAUGAAGGCUUUUGGGUCAGAACUUUUGCUUCCAAUGUUGUUGCCCACUUGGAAGGACUUGGAAAUGUUUCUGUUUGUAUUUUUAUUUUGUACUUCUUUUUUUUUUUUAACCAGCAGUGGAGCUGCAGUUUUUAAAUGUUUCUUUGAAGAAGUGCACUUCCUCGCUGAAUGGCUGCUCUGUACUUCUUAGAAACACACACUUAACACACACUAAUUGUAUGCAAAAAAAAAAAAGCCAGCAGCAAAACGGUGCUUUUUUUUUCCUCCUUUGUUUUUAUACUAAAACAUGGGGUCAAUAAUAACACGCACACAGUCGAUCCAGCACCAGCGACGUAAAUCGCUUCCCCAACAACCCAUAACACUCCUGCUUCCGUGUCACAUGACUCCCUCGCAACCUAUCAUGAGUCAGCAUUUAUGUGUUCCAGCAGCAAUUUAAAUUUGAAGAGAUGGACACCCUGAGAUGCUUUUUUUUUUUUUUUUUUUUUAGGGUCUGCGCGACUUUGAAUGUAAAGUUCAGCCUGCUGAAGCUUGACAUGUUUAGACAUCAGAACCAUAAGAGUUCUGACCGAGCUGAUGGGACAUUUCCAGGAAACAUUUCAGAAACUUCCCAUGCGGAGUAUGUGGAAUAUUCUGUUAUAUAUAACAUUUGUGCACUUUUUUCACGCGAAUGACUGAGAAUCAGCUUAUAGCCGGGGGGGGUUUAUUUACUGAAACCAGAGAGAGGACAGGACAGGGCGUUGAUGCAGGUGCACGUGUUAAUCCAAGAGAGUUACUUUUGAAAUAUGAAAACUGAUUAUACUGUAUAUUAGAGUGCAUGAGAAAGUGGAAAGGAAAGCGUAGCUCUCUUUGACCACAUGGUCAUUUAUUAACAAGUAUAAUGCUCCUGCACAACAACAUCAAAACCAAUGUUGUAGUAGCGGUAAGGAGCACACUACCCAGCUCGCAUUAUGUGUUCAUUGUAAACAACAGUGCGGCAAGUGUAGCACACAUGAGUUUUACACCAACAGUUGAGUAGCCAUACCAACAAUUUAAAGCACACGCAGAGGUAGAUAAAACUGCAGGAUGCUGACCCAGGCGGUUAUUUGCUUUUACAGACCGAUGAUUAUAGGAGGGUUUUGAAAUAUUUUAAUAAUAAUAUAUGUUUACGAAGACAGUGAUCCCCAACCCCCAUGUAGUACCGGGCCGCACAGAAAGAACAAUUCAUUUCCAUAAUGUUUUAUUUUGAAAAGUGGCCAGAUUCUCUCUGUUACAUCCGUCUCACCUGACGCAUGUCCAUUGUGCGUGUGAUGUCUUUCUCUCGCCACACAGAUAGACUACUACUGUAUUUUUAGCAUUUUGCCGUCACCUCAUAUUUGUGCUCAAAUGCUGAUACUAUGUGGGAAUGCAUAAAGGUAAGUUUUGAUGACUCUCAAGUUAAUUCAUGCUAGCACACUGCCUUUUACCACACACGUCAAACAGCAAUGUAAUAAUCUCUCUGGAAAAACUCCAGACUCUUCGUUUUACACAAUACAUAAUAAGAUAAAUUACAUCGCUAUAAUGUACGACACCCCCGUCCCCCACCCCUGGUCUGCGGGAGAUUUGUGGAAACACAAGCCGGUCCGUGGGUCAAAAAAGGUUGGGGACCACUGUACUGAGACAUGACAGCAACAACGUUUGACUUCCCUCUGCUCAACUAAUGAUGCACAUUUCCACUUUAUUCCCAUGGAAAGUUUCCAACAAUUAAAAACGAUCGCAGUUCUGCAACUCUGCUCAUAAAUGGUUUCAUGUCUCGAUGACACCAGUCAAUGAAGACAUUGUCCUCUUCAGUUUAGAUGUGUAAAAAGGUCUCACAAUGCCUUCGUUUCUGGUCAACACACAAAGUUUGUGUUAUUUUCUUUGAACAAACGCCUUCAAGAUCCCUCAGGAACUCACAAGGAACUUCAGUAAACAUGUCAUUCAUUUUCUCUUUUUUAAUGACGACGUCAUAAUUCAGACCUUUUUUAUCUUCUAUUUUUCCGGAAGGCAUUUUAAAACCUUGUUUUAGGCAUUUUCACUGAUUCAGGUGGUCAUAUUACGACUUGUACUGAACAAUAUUGUGAGAUUUUCACCAAAAUGGCCACAUUUUCUUUCCAGGUUUAUUAUUAUUCUUGUUUUUACUUACUCUCUGGCGUUUCUCAACGUACAUUUACAGCAUGUCCCGUACGUGGCGCAAGGCUGCUGUUUCACUAAACUUUAUUUUAUUAUGUAUAUAUAUUUUUUGGGGGGGGGGAGUGGACAGCUUGGAAGUGCAAGACUCUUUAUAUUUGUAAAGAAUAAACUUAUUUUAAAAACGUAAUGUUUUUCGUGUGUAACUAUAGAAAAAUAGUUGACUUUUGUAGAAAAUAGUGUAAAGCAAAUAAAGGAUGUACAAUAAUUAUUUUGCAGACGCUAACCGGAGAGUCAUAAACAGGAGUUUGUCUCCUCUCGUCUUAGUUGAACGAAUUAUGGGACACGGGAUGAAGUUGAUCGUUAAUUAACAGAAACCAUGACUAGUAAUUAAAAAUGGCAACAUGAGUUGCUUGGCGUUAUUGAACCACUACAUGAAACCACUGUGGAAUAAUGAUGGGAAAGUGCUUCAUUGUUUGGUUUUCAUGAACUAUAUUGUAAAUGAAACUACAACUAAAAUGUUGAAAUAAAACAUUCAACCAGCGACAGUGGAAGGAUUCUUUCCUAGUUAGCGCUGCUUGCUGGUUAGCCUCACAUACCACCAUUUUUUUCCUCAAAUAUCACAAAUACUACAGACCUAAUAUGAACAGACAUUACAAAAAUACUUAGUACACACAUCUGCAUAUUCAAAUAAGUGUCAUAGUAAGCUAAUACUGCAUUUGGUUUUAAAGGAGAGCCAGCUGUUGUUUUGUCCUUCUAAAGGCACGAAGGAUUAUGCAAAAACGCUUCAAUGAUGAUAGAGAUGAGUGUUUUGAAGUUGUUCAAGGCGUGGUGUACACAUCAUGAGUGAACAGCCGUCAUGCAAACAAACUGAAGCGUCCUGUGAGACAUCAUGUUUUUAUAUAUAUAUAAAUCAAACAAAACUGCUGCCAUCUCUUUAUUUAUGCACUAUUGCGUGAUUACAACGUUAUAAAAGGCAAAUAAUAGCAGUUAUUGGAGUAUUGUGAUAGAAAAGUACAGUAGGAGAGUGGAGACCUCCGCCAAGGGUUUGUCAGCUAUGACGAGCUUUUCAGAGGAUGUCAGGUUUGGCUCAAGAAAAGAAAAAUGUAAAUUGAAAGUACUGGUAUAUUUACAGUGGCGUGAAAAGGUGUUUGCCCCCUUCCUGAUUUCAUAUUUUUUUGCAUUUUUGUCACCUAAAUGUUUCAGAUCAUCAAACUAAUUUAAAUAUUAGUCAAUGGCAACACAAAUGAACCCAAAAUGCAGUUUUUAAAUGCAAGUUUUAAUUAUGUAGAGAGAAAAAAAUCCAAACCUACAUGGCCCUGUGUU